GCUGACGCAGCGCGCCCAAGAUGGCGGCGCGGUCGUCGUCGGGGGUGGCGGCGGCAGAGGGGGCGGCGGCCGUGGCGGCGGCGGCGACGGCAGCCGUGACGGCGGCGGCGGCGCGGGACUUGGGCCGGGGGGUAUGAGGCAGCCGUGGCGGGCCAGCGGCCAAGCCGUGUAGCGGAGAAGCGGCUCCCCCUCCCUGCUUCCCUUGGCCGAGCCGGGGACGCGCGCGCGCGCCGCCGUCCGGAGCGGGCUCCCCACCCUCCACUCCCGCGACCCGCACUGCACCCCCACCCGGGCCCGGAGGAUGAUGAAGCUCAAGUCGAACCAGACUCGCACCUAUGACGGCGACGGCUACAAGAAGCGGGCCGCGUGCCUGUGUUUCCGCAGUGAGAGCGAGGAGGAGGUGUUACUCGUGAGCAGUAGUCGCCAUCCAGACCGCUGGAUUGUCCCUGGGGGAGGCAUGGAGCCCGAGGAGGAGCCGAGUGUGGCAGCAGCCCGUGAAGUCUGUGAGGAGGCUGGAGUAAAAGGGACAUUGGGAAGAUUAGUUGGAAUUUUUGAGAACCAGGAGAGGAAGCACAGAACGUAUGUCUAUGUGCUCAUUGUCACAGAAGUCCUGGAAGACUGGGAAGAUUCAGUUAACAUUGGAAGGAAGAGGGAAUGGUUUAAAAUAGAAGAUGCCAUAAAAGUGCUGCAGUAUCACAAACCGGUGCAGGCAUCGUAUUUUGAAACGUUGAGGCAAGGCUACUCAGCCAACAAUGGCACCCCAGUCGUGGCCACCACGUACUCGGUUUCUUCCCAGAGCUCGAUGCCAGGCAUCAGAUGACUGAAGACUUCGUGUAAGAGGAAUGGAAAUUGGAAACUAGACUGGAGUGCAGAUCUUCCCUCCCUUGCUCUUUUCACCUCUCCUCACAGGCCUCCUCUCCAAAUAAGGCAUGAUGGGCAGCAGAGAAAGGGGUUCUUGAUGGUGUUGCUGUUUGGUGUUAAGUGAUGGGCUUUUUCUUCUCUUUUUAUGGAGGGGGUGGGGGGUGGGUAUGUAAUUUGUAAGUACUUUUGUGCAUGAUCGGUCCCUCCCUUUUCACACCCCUACAAUUGUCUGGAGAGACAGACAGCCUGCCCUCUGCCUUGGAUUCUGAAGUGUUCCUGUUUGUCUCACCCCAGCCCUGGCCAGACGUUUUUUCUUUGAUUUUUAAUUUUUUUUUUUUUAUUAAAAGAUACCAAUAUGAGAUGAAACCUUUCACGAAUUUGUCCUAUAAUGCGCUAUUCAGUCCAGGAGGUUGGUCACUUCCACUGCAGGAUACAUUUAUCUACACAUUAUAUACUGGGCAUAUAAUAUGUAAAUAAAUGACUUUUAGAAGAGGAAUUUAACUGUUUAAUUUUUCAAGGUUUGUUUUGUUUUUUAAAUUGGGGUGUUUCUGAAAUGGAGAGCCUCGCAGUUAAUUUCCCUUUUUGUUUUUUGAUGCUAGUGGCUAGGUAAGUUUCCUGGUCCUCUCCCUUUACCCAGUCACUGACUGUAGUUAUGUAGGGUACCGAAAGAGUUUAGCUGCCUUCAUAGCGCUCCCAGGACUCAUGGCCUUCUCAAAGCUGUGUUUCCAUGCCAAGAAAGACACAGGAAGAAACCUAUUUUCUUUUUUAUUACCGAGCCAGGAGCAAAUGGCCUCAGCUCAGACCUGGAGAAACAAUGAUAGAAAUUGAAUUCCUCCCUAUGUGUUGGCAGUGGGGAUUUGAACUGGAUUCUUGGAAUUGCUGUCUAAAAAACUGGAGCAUCAAGCACUGUUUCUGUCCUGCGGGUUGGAAUUUUUUCCAUAAUGCUACUUACCGCUGACAGUGGCCUCUCUCCUUGUGCAUCCAUGCCUUACACCGCGCUGCACUGGACAUUGUCCUUGUGCGGAAGCAUCUGGCUGGCCUGGGCCAGUGCAGGUGUAUGGCCCCAUCCUCAUCCUGGGUGACCAUGUUAAGUUCCCAAAAGGUACACAGGAGGAAAAUUCAGGUGUCUGCUUAUCUUUGCAGUGUGACAGCAUUUGGAAUUGCACCAUGGAGCAUGCCCAGAAAUAGUAAAUUUGUCUCCUGCUGAGACGCAAAAGGUCCAUCUUCUGCUGAGAAGUGGUAUGGGAGAAUGCUCGGUCCUUGACUAGAACAGCAACAUCAUGCAUUGGCUCACUGCAAACUGUCGCGUUGGUUUUUGAUACAGGCUUCUUGCUGGCUUCAUUUGCCAGUUGUGUUGUUUAGUUGGGAAGUAAGCAGAAAAGGGUCUUGAGAUCGAGGGGUGGGUCUAGGAGGGGGGACACUGGUCAAUCCCUGGCUUAGGACAGGAGUUUGUUGCUGUGCUCUUAGUGGCAUCUCCUUUGUCAAAACAUAGCCAAGAUGUGAAAUUAAAAUCGUAGUUCUCUUUAUUUAAAAAUUCUAAUAAAUACUCAAACUUUGAAAAGCUUUUGCUCUUCCCUCCCACUAAAAGUGAUGUAUAUAUACAUAUAUAUAAGAGAUGUAGGCCUGUGUCAUUCAGUGUUCAACAUUUUGGGGGGACAUCGUUCGAUGAACUUUAAAUUUUGCUGUCUGCUCUCAGUUUGUAUCUUCUCUCCCAGUCUUGAGACACAGAAUCAACAAGGAGUGCUCACAGUUUGCCUAGGAUAUUGUCCUACCUCUGGGAAAGGAAUUCUGUCCCUAAGUAAGGGUCCCAGUGGACAGAAACAGCACCAUGGGAUUUGCUUCUAAAUACCAACUCACUGUUCACAUGUCCUACUCAAAAAUGAACAUACUGCUGCUUGUUGCCUGAUUGAGAGCAGUCUGAGUUUCUGUCCAUAUAAGUAAAGGAGAAAAGGUAAUAAAUUCAACCAAGCACUAAGUGGAAUCCAAAAAACACAUUCUUCCAACUAAAUUCUACCUUUAUGAUAUGGAUUGAAAGUACUUCGCAGGAAAACAGACAGGACUCCUGAAAAGAGAAAUGCAGUGUUAAUAGUAAUUUGUGCAUUUUUUCAUGAUCUAAAGAUGUUUUUACUGGGCUGGUGUCACAACACAUUACCCUACCAAGUCCAGUUUGGAUUGAUGUUGGCGUCUUUGGGUCAGGAAAGUGAACUGUGCCAAGAAGUAUUUUUCAGUGACAUGAAUGGAUCCUAUUAAUGCAGUUAACUGGGGAGAUUAUGCUGAUGCUUUCUUAACUGACAAAAAGAGGCUUUGUCCAACACCAGAAUUGCUGAAACUGGUGCUAUUUUCUGUUGCACUGGGAUCCUGAUGAGCAGGGAUUGGUGUUUCUCCCUCCCUGGCACCAUUAACACCAUGGCUGUCUUCACUGGUGUGUAGUCAUACCCUUCUGUGAUAGAUUACUCAGAGCCCUGGUUGCAAUGGCCGUUACCCCGCUCCACAGAAAGCAAGGAGAAAACAGAAGAAAGCACAAAAAUGAUCCCACUCACAGAGUCUUUCUUGGACACUGCUUUGCCGUGAAUUCUGCAAGUACUCACCUUAUUCAGGCUUGGCACAAACAGGUUCUUGUGUACAGCGCAGAUAUAAAGUCUCACAGUGAAUUUGCCCGUCCUAGACUCUGGUUUAUUACUAGCCCAUCCAUCACAGUCCACCCUGCUCAGAAUAGAGAAAGACAGCAUUGGCUAUUUUAAAAUUAACUUUGUUUUUAGUUUAUCAAUUUGCAGCCACUGGGGAAGCAUCCGUGAGGUCAUGCCAUAUCUUUUUGAACCAGGACUGUGUGUGUGUGUGUGUGUGUGUGUGUGUGUGUGUGUGUGUGUCUGAGAGAGAGAGAGAGAGAGAGAGAGAGAAGGGCUACCAGAGAGAGAGAGAGAGAAGGGCUACCAGAGAGAGAGAGAGAGAAGGGCUACCAGAGAGAGAGAGAAGGGCUACCAGGGGUCGAAUACACCAGGGUGUAUUCGAUUUUUUUUGUAGCCUUCCAGAAUGGUGCAGCCCAUGAAACAGGAGUCUUGAUUUUUCUUGUAGCAAACCUGGCAGGAUGGAAAAGUUAAUGAAUUGAUGGUUUUGUUUUUACAAGUGUCUGCUGCCCCAUCUGCCCUGUGGGGAGAGGGCUCCCGCACUGCUGAGUCUGAGCUGAGGCCAUCUGGAGGGAUCAAAGAGUGUGGGAGGAACACCCCCUGUGAGGCCGUGGAAGCCCCUCGAAGGUGGCUGCACUGCAGGAUUUCCGCCCUCGGCAUGGCGCGGCGCAGCAGGCGCCUCUUGCCUCUCGCAGCCUCUGGGGAGCAGAGCGGGUCACUGCCCUCUGGGAGGCUUUUGCAGCAGUUUUGUAAAUGUGUUGCUACACAGUCAAGUUCCUUCGUGAACAUAAUUUCUGUUUUGAUGUUAGGAGUCAGUCCACGUAAGCUUAGACUUGCUUAGAAGAAAAAAAAAUCACCUUUUGUUUUGAAGAGAAAAACAUCCACACAGAACCGUUCUUCCUCCUCCUCCUUUCUCUUGCCCACAUACAGUGCUCCUUGGAGGCCUCCCUCCCCUCCAGAACCUGUGUAACCAGAGGAGCAGUCCGUCUCCCGCCGGACCUGGGUGUGCAUCUCACGUUGUACUUACUGUACGUGCUCGUCAUUUCCACCGCGUGCUGGAGGAGUGCCUCUGUUGGUCUCCCCACCUGAUCUUUUUUUAAAACAGCUUAGCCUGAGCCACAUUUCUUUUGGUUCACAAAAAGGACUUAAUAACCACAGCGCGAUCUUUGCCGCAACUGUGUGAUUUUUAGUACUUCUGAAGUGUUCUCAAAGUCCAGCCUAGAUGAGAGGAAAUUUAGAAUUAGGAGAAAUACCUGGAGAAGUCACGGGGGGCUGAAUUUUUGCUUUCAGGGAAAUGAGGAUUAGCUAAUUGAUAAUCAAGGCUCAUCCUGGUCCCUUCUGCAUUUCAGAAAAUAACGCACAUGUUUAUAACAAAUAGGAGACAAGUUAGCACAAGAGGCUCUGGGGCGAGGAGAUUAUCUAAUGGUGGUUAUAUAAUGCAGCGGCUCUUGUGGUUCUUAUUCUUAAAACUCUAAAAGAGGUCAGACCUGAAGCGACACAGGUCAUGCUGCCCAGCUGUGGUGACAGCCAUUUCUUCUGAGCCCUGCUGGGAUGGAACCCAUUUCCCCAAGGCUUCCAGGCUAUGCAGCCGAUGUUGGUGACCUCAGUCUUGCUCCAGCCGGGCACCCAUCUCACUUGGAGCAGGUGGGAAAGCAGCCCCAGGGUCAGCCUCUGUUCUCUGGGGUGAGCCUUGCAACAGACAUCACUGUCCCGGAAGAGCUGUUUUCCACGUCACUUUAGAUGUCACCCAAAGCAGACAUUUGAGAUGUUCAGGUAGCAAAUUGGGAAGCAUUGGCUGCAAUCUGUAAUAGCUACUGUUGUCUGUUGAUUAGGUGACUUGAGAUGACCCCAGGCCCUGGGAACCUGGAGAUUUUAGGCAGACUCUCAUUUGGAGUCCAGCAGCCCUUCCAAAGGCAGCUUCACAUUUUAACCACAUUUUCGCCAUAGCUGAUGACCUUUCCGGGAUGUGAGAAGCCUAAUCAGAACAUCUGAGAAAAUGAUACCUCUUGCCCUCAGAUUCAUCCAAUAGUUCAUCCUCCUAGUCCCCUUAGAAAUUAAUAAAUAAAAAGAGAUAGAGAGAAUGCCGUUUGGUGAGGAUUUGGACACACUGCUAGAGCUGAGGCUAGCAGUCGCAUGAUUUUGUGAGUCAGCAAUAUGAAGCUUUCUAAGUCCCCAGAAGCUUCAUUUAUAGUGAAGAUUUGGUGAGCUUUCGUUGUCUGAGAAAAUGAGAUGGUCCCCUUGAAGGGGAGCUCACAGGGAAGCCACAUUAACUCACAAUUCACACCAGGGGGGAUUCUGCUGGAGAAGAAAGCGCCUUUGGCCAAAAAAGCGAGAUUAAUAUCUAAAAGGUAGACAUGCAUUGCUUCUGUUCCUCCAGCAACCAGUUGUUUAAUCAUUAGCUCUAGGUUUCCUUUGGUUUACAUUCUCAGUUCUUAACCCCGCACAGAGGUCCCUAGAACACCCAAAAAGGCAUCUAAAACCCUAGAGAUUGGCUUUAAAAGAUCCAAAAGCAGCAGCGUUGUAUUUUCCAGGUUUCUCGCCAUUUUGAUGUGCUGCCCAUCCUUCCACACACUCUGCAGCCAGGCCAGAUGUGAAGACUGUAUUCACUGACUUGUGGAACCUAAAUUCUAGUUCUGGAACAAUUACCUGCUAAAUUGCUUACGCCUGUGGAAGUUAUCUGUGAGGUGUACCUUUCAGAGAACAUUUCAACAGUAUAGUAAAAUUGCCCUGGGCUCGAGGGCAAUCAGGCGUUUAGAUCAAAACUGUAAGUCUUUGGGCCUCCUUAGGGAAAAAGCAAGAUGCGUAAAUCCCAGUGCUGGGCCUUGAGACCGUACUUGCUUCUCCCUAGUAUGGGGUGAAGUGGCACCCUCAGGAAAUCAUUUUUCCAGUGAGAUUACCUAUAAAUCCCUAGGGGAAGUAAUACCCAUAUGAACCUGUCUUUCUGAGCACUUCUAUGCCAACUUGAAAAUGGUAAGCUAAAGCAGCAAUGACUCCACGUAGCCUCUGUCACCCUCUUUAUUGUUCCGUUUUGGGGGGUGGAGCUUUUCAGGGUUAAACCUUGGUCUUUAACCUCUGUUUGUUGUGGAGAAGAUGUGUCACUAACAAAUGAUCUAAAGAAGACCUCUAGUUUUUGUUUCCCGAGUGCAGCGGCAUAACAGAUAUGACUUACGCCCGGGAAGGUAGAGGCUGAUGAUGAUCAAGACACCCACGACCCAGAAAGAUCUGUCCCACAUAGAGCCUCCACAGGGAACAGAUCUGAAGUUAGGUUCUGGAGAACUUCCAAAGUACUGAAAUGCAGGGAGGACUUGGAGGACCUUUGCUCAGCAAGCGGGCGGCUUGUGUUCCUCCGAAGAACAUGAAGGAGCUCCGAAGGGAAUGGCAGGCAUUGAAGCCACAGCGCACAGACUCAGACCUUCCCUCUGCCACUUCUCACAUGGCUUGUGCACUCUUUGCUCAGAAUCCAAGGGGACCCUCCUCUCUAAAAUCUCAUUGGCUUCAGGUGUUUUGUUUAGCCUCUGAGAACCUCCCCCUUUCACUCCCACCUCCGGAUGGACAGAGAUGUGUUGCUCGGGGCACAGAUGUGUGAGUCCAGGGCCCAGCAGCACAGUGUUGUAUUUAGUGGUUAGAAAAACAGUCCACUCUGUUAACAGUAUGUGGUGCAGUUUUGUACACCUCAGGUCUGUUUUUAUUGUUUCAUGGUCUGAAAACCUUCAAGCUGGUUUAUCGUCCAAGAAAAGGCAGAUGGUUAGACUAAGUAACAUUUAGUUCAUACCUCUAUCUUAGGAAAGGUAGCCGUCCAUUUGCUGUGUGCUAAAGGAAGUCGGGAGCAUUUGAGGAUGUUGGGAGCUGUUGUAAAAAUAAAGCAAGUGGCUCUGGCCUACCCAAGUGUAUCAGAGAGCGUGGAAGCGGGUUAGUAGCAUCUUUAAAUCUGCUCUGGCCAGGCCCUCCUUCAUCUCAAGGACCUUGUCUCUCCUCUUCUCCAAUGACCUUGGUAAGGGACGAGCUCUAAGGAGGCAGCGAGGCCCCAGCCCCUCUUUGCUCUGCUGCAGGAUGUAGCCUCCAAACAGUCUGCGGUUUUUUUAAGGGGUUUCCUCACCAUGAUUCCCUCCACAUCACUCACCUGCCAUCAGCAUCCGAAAAGGUUAAAAUCCCGGGACCAUUCCAGUUCUGAAGCAGAUGAACCAGAUGUGCUUCCUCCCCCUUUGCAAGUGUACUGUCCAGAUGCAGUCUCCCUUUGGCCAAGUUUGACAGGUACUUCCAGGAAACCCCUUAAAUUGAGGCAAGGAGUCAAGAUGUUUUGAGUUUUUCCCCCAGAAGGCAGAGUCUUUGUCCCUUCCCUCUCAUGCUCAUAUAUUUUAGCCAAGUCUUAAAAGGUCAAGUCUGGUAAUGUCUCCAGAACUGAGGUGACAGGUGGGGGCCCAUACCCCCAGGGACCAGUCCCCUGGGGGAUCCCACAUGCUCAAACUAGAUUGUUCUGAUCCCACCGAAGUCUGCUGCUGUCCCCAUCCCCUGGGACCCCUCAGAAAGGAAACGACCUAGGCUUCCAGUCAUUAGGUCACCCAGUCCUUCGGUGACCAGUCUACAGAGUGUGUAUCACCUGCAUGGGUGGUGUGCCUCCCACUUGUAGAAAGGGUAGAAAGUGGAACAUUCAGUGGGCUGAGUACUCACAUCCUUGGAGAGGUUGGCAGAAAUAACCCCAGUGAGCGUAAAACAAAACCGAGGAAACCAAGGAACCACACUUGUAUGGGAGGAGGAGUUGGUUAUGGUCCUUUUGGGACCUGACGCUGCAGUAUGAAAGUGGGGUUUGGAAAAUCACCCUUAGCCCAACCCAAAUGCAUUCCAGGACUUCGGAGUUUCCAGCCCAUGGGUGCAUGGUCUUUUCCCAUUUUUUGUUUGUUUCCAAAACAGCCUUGCUUGGUAUUGCAUGGAAAGUUCCGGUUUUCCUUCCUGCCCACUUGGGGCCACCCACCCAGGCCUGGUCCCUUCCCCAGUAUCUUUACAGCACUCCUAGGGAGACCUGCGCAGUGCCCUUAGGAGCCAAGGGGAGUGGAAUUUGGUCCAGAGAAGGCAGCAAAAACUGAAUUUUCCUGUUUCCGCUUCUCAAGGAGGGUGUUUUUAGGCUUCCUUCACGCCUCUCUUUCCUGUGGGUACAGUCGGGUUGGGAGGAAGGGCUAAAAAGAAAAGGAACAGGGUCCAGCCAGCCCAGGUUUGGGUCCGAGACAGGUGCACAGCUGAUGCUCUUCCACCCCCUUCAAUAGCAGGCCAGUCAUAUGUAACGAUUCUCCUUUACUAAAGCGUCUGCUUCUGUGGUGCUAGCAACAGAGGACAGACAGACCCCUUCCCCUGUGCUUUCCCUAAAGUUCCUCCAUCCCCGUAGCCCACUCCUUGUUGUAAAAACAAGUGCUUAAUCCUGUGAGCGUGCUGUUCCUUUCUAUGUGUGGGAGGGAAGGGCAUUGGAAUUGUAGGUUGUAAUCUUGUGCCAACCAAUAAAAACCAGUAUUUCACA